GAGCCGAGAGUGCAGAACGGCUGUAUGGCGUUUUCUAUGUUAGCUCGGUAACGUAGCUAACGUUAGCCGGUUGCAGUCUGGUGGCUAACAUUGCGGUUGUACCAGAUGUUACUGAAGAAAUUUGAUUAGUUAAAGAGCAGAGGCGACACAACUAAUAUAAACAGGAAUAUAGUGUGAAGGCUACCAUGGAGGAGCAAGGAAAUAGUGACAUAGAAGUAACUGUCAAAACUCUGGACUCCCAGAGCAGAAGUUACACAGUAAGAGCACAGAUGACCGUCAAAGAGUUCAAAGAGCAUAUAUCACCAUCAGUUGGAAUACCUGUUGACAAACAGAGACUAAUCUACCAAGGAAGAGUGCUCCAAGAUGAGAAAACUCUGACAGAAUACAAUGUGAACGGUAAAGUCAUCCACUUGGUGGAGCGAGCCCCACCUCAGACAACCCAGCCAGGAUCAGGCUCAGGUGGAGUAGCUGGGACCUCAGGUGGCCCACAGGCAGGAAACACAAACUCCUCCCCAACCUCUCAGGGGAUGCCUCAUGGACCUACGCAUGACCGUAAUGCCAACAGCUAUGUUAUGCUUGGUACCCUUAAUCUCCCAGUUAACAUCAUGGAUCCCCAGCAAAUUCAGAUGUCUAUCCAGCAAAUGAUGACGGGUCUGGGAGAGGGUGUCAGGAAUGCACGAGUUGGCACCAGUACUGGGACCAGUGGCUCGGCAAAUGUACAUGUUGAUUUAGACCAGUCCCUACAGAGUGAGCCCAGACUGCGGCUGCUUUUGGCUGAGAAUUUGCUCAGGGACACCAUUGCCCUGAUUCAGAGACUUGAGGGUCAGCCUGCUGAUGGCUCCUCACCUCAUGAGGAUUCUGCACCUCCUCCUUCUUCAUCCACAUCUACACCUUCUCCCUCUGUUCAGCCCAUGGACACCUCCCCCCCUCCAUCUAGCUCCCCUCCAUCUAGCUCCCCUCCAUCAUCAUCAUCUGCCACUCAGACUGAGGGCACACCUCCUCCUCCUUCAGGUCCCAGUCACCCCAGCCCUGCGGAGCUGGUAGAGAUGUUAGCAGAGCUGAGGAGAGUAGAAGAGAGGCUGCAGCCUUUCAUCCAAAGAGCCCACGCCAUCCUAGAGGCAGCUACUACUGCUGACUACAACAAUAACACACAGGAGAGAGAGGAGGAUCAGCGUGUUUUAAACCUGGUUGGGGAGGCCCUUCGACUCUUAGGGAAUGCUCUGGUUGCCCUGAGUGAUUUGCGCUGUAACCUCUCAAGUGCUCCUCCCCGUCACUUGCAUGUGAUCCGGCCCAUGUCUCACUACACUUCCUCUGUUCUGGCACCAGGUGGAGUGCAUCACAUGCCCGUACAGGUUAAUCUGGGAACCACAGUGACAAUGUCAGCCAAUGGCAGACCAACAGCUGAGAGUCAGCCUCAACCUACUGGCCAGUCAGAGCAGCAAGGGCAAGGACAAACCCCCGCCCCACAGCCAGGUAUGGCCAAUCAGCAGAUGGGACAGCCAGGGCCCAGGGUGAUACGAAUAAGCCAUCAAACCAUGGAGCCAGUGGUCAUGAUGCAGAUUAACAUUGAUGAUGCUGGAAGCAAUACUCAAAGCACAGCUACUGGACAACAGAAUGCUGCUGGUACUGGACAGCCUGGUGCAUCUCCUACGGUUCAAAUACCUGGUCUACCUCCAGAGUUCAUGCAAGCCAUUGUAAAUCAAGUUACCCAGCAAGCCAUGGCCAUGGCAAAUGCUGCCUCUGCUGGACAACAGGGACAACAGACCCCUAGCCCUGGUACAGGCUCUGCUAGUACAGGUCCUGCUGCCCCUCCAAUGCCCCCUAACCCUCAUCAGGCUAGGGUAGUAUUCACACUGCCUUCUUUCGCCCACCGCAUGGCAAACCCUUCCUUUACCACUAGAGGAACCACCAUAAAUCUGAGAGCUGCUGUUCCCCCAACAAUGGGUCAACAGCCAAGCCCGGCUACACCCAUGAAUCCGGCUGCUCUUAACCAAAUGAUUAGUGGUCUGGUGGGGCAACUCUUGACAGGAGCAUCUGGCCAGAUGACCAGCCAAGCCGCUACCACCACCACCACCACCUCCUCCUCGUCCUCCCCCUCCUCUUAUACGUUCUCAUUCUCUACUUCAUCGUCUUCUUCAUCCUCCUCUUCCUCCUCAACCUUCACACCCACAUCUGCUGCUGCCACCAGUGCCUCAGGACCUACACACUCCACCAGCACCACUGCGAGCUCUGCUCCCCAGCCUGAUGCUGCCCCUACCCCUCCUCAAGGGGCUCCUCUUGGGGGUAACUUGGACCAGAUUCUUGGCUCUCUCCUGGGGGGAGGGAUUGCUGCUAAUGGUCAGGCCUCUGGAGCGAGUCCCUCUGUAUCUAUGGCCAUGCCAGGAAUACCUGCCUUCAUCCAGGGAGUCACUGACUUCAUACAGGCCUCUCAGCAAGCCCACUUUCAGCCGUCCACAGACCAACCAGCAGCUGCCUCCUCUACUCCACCGACUAAUGAACCUCAAUCAGACCCUGAGGCGGGCACAGCUGAAGAAGUCAUGAACACUGAGCUCUUCACUGGGAUAGUACAAGGCGUCCUCUCCACCAUGAUGGGCUCCUUAGGUGCCCCUCAGAAUAAUACAGAGAGCAUUGCUCAAUUUAUCCAGAGACUCUCCCAGACCAGCAACAUUUUCACCCCCAGCACUGGAGAGGCAAUGGGUUUCUUCGGGGACCUGUUGACUCUUGUCUGUCAAAAUUUCUCCAUGGUGGACAUGGUGCUGCUGCUUCAUGGUCAGGCACAGCCACUGAGCCGCAUUCAGCCCCAGCUGUCCCAGUUCUUCUCAGAACACUAUCUGCAGGGUCGAGAGCCCACAGAGGACAACAUCACAGCAGCUGCUAAUGACCUGAUUGGAGAACUUGAUGAAUAUAUCACAGAGAGUUUUUCAACAGUUACAGUUCGGGAAGAGAUUGACAUCACUCAGACAAACCGAUCUUUUCUAAGACAGCAACUUACAGCCAUCGCCACACACAUUCUACACUGCACAGACCAUACGUUUGGACCACGCUUGCUGCAGUUGUGUAACCGUGCUCUGUUUGAGUGUUUGGCUCUUAAUCUUUACUGCCUGAGAGGAGAGCAGAGUGCCCUUACUGCAGUCAUCAACAACCGCAUAAGGACCAUGUCGGCAGAGGUGAACCCAAGUGUGGUCAACUGGUUGACCAGUAUGAUGACUAUGCGACUGCAGGUCAUUCUGGAGCACAUCCCAGUUACAGAGGAACAAAUCCUCCAUUAUGUUGUCCAUGCUCGGAAUGAAGAGGCAAGAGAGGCCCCAGCACAUGAGUCAGAACUUCAGUCUGUGGAGAUGGAUGAUACACUCUCCCCUACUCCAGCUACCACGGCAGAGGAGGCCAUGGCUACCUCUCAGGAAGCAGGGGCAGUUGGGGGCUUGGCUGAUGAGACAGGAGGUGCAGUGGGCGGAGAGGGUCCUGCAGGGGAAGCUGAGGCCUGGGCAGCUGCUUUACCUCCUGAUUGGGUUCCCAUCAUCAGGCAAGAUCUGCUUAGCCAGAGGAAGAUGAAGGCUCAACCUCCUCUGUCUGAUGCAUAUUUGCAAGGGAUGCCUGCCAAGCGCAGAAAGACAGCACAGAGUGAAGGCCCCAGACUCACUCUGUCUGAGGCAGUGAGCCAAGCUGCAAGGUCAGUUGGUGUCACACCUGUCACAUCUUCCAGUGCCUUACAGGGUGACCUUGAGAGACCUGAACUUCAAGAAGCGUACACACAACAGGUGAAAAAUGAUAUAAAGAAACGAGUAAAAGAGGAUCCUGACUACAAUUCUAGAAGGUUCCCCAACACACACAGAGCCUUCUCACCAGACUCUUAGUCUGCAUACUUUUUGCACCUUAGCCCUAAUUCCUGUUUGUGUGUUUUUUUUUUUUAUUCUUUCAAUUAAAACAAAAUCAAUUCAUCAGAUGAUUUUAUGCUGUCUUGAGGAUUACCAUAUUCCCUAUAAUUAAAUUAUCAUAUGUAAUUGCAUUGUGGACUGUCCAAUGGCACCCUUAUAUCCAUCUUGCUUCUGUUGUUGAAAAGGACGCACAGCUAAACUCAGAAACAGGGCUUCAUCCUAACAGUGGAAAUAAAAGGAAGUGUCAGACCUGUAACACUCACAUUCUAAAUAAAAAUCUGUAACUUUCAAAGCAAGUCAUGACAAGUGUAUGUCAAGUAAUCCAUCAUGGCACAAAGCUUUAUUGAAAAUACUUGCUUUUCUUAUGAUUGUACAUGAUCUGAAGGAUUCCCAGUUCACUCGCUAUGUGUGAUCCUCAGCUACUAAUGCACUUCAUGAUGUGUAUAAACAAUUUCAAUUAAUAUUUAAUGAGAAUAUACAUUAUUAAAUUAAAUUGAUAUUUUAGUAUAGCCUCCUCCUUAAUUUCAUCAAUUGUUUAAAAGUAAUGCUAGGGAAAUCAUUUAAAUUAUUACAAAAGUUACAUUAUUGUUAAAGUAUUUUUCUUUCAAGGUCUUUUAUUACUCUUCAGCCCACUGUAUAAUUAAGAGAGAACUUCGGUUUGGCAUCAUGAAUGUAAAAUGUCUAAAAUUAAACAGCUUUGCAAAAAA